UGUUGAGCCAUGGUUGAUGUACGUUUCGCCGAAAGUGGAAACCUUGUGGGACUUGUUUACUGAUGAUUCUGGAAUAAUAAAGGACGAACUGCGGUGAUAUAUUGAAGAUUUGAAGGCUAUAUAGCCAGGAUUAACAUCCAUAUUAAAAGCAAUGGCAGGAGAUGAUCCUCCAUUCUUACCUGUUGGCACGGAAGUUAGCGCCAAAUACAGAGGAGCUUUUUGUGAGGCUAAGGUGAAGAAGAUUGUACGAUCAGUGAAAUGCAAGAUUUAUCUCAAAGAGACAUUGACUUCCAUUGUUGUGACGGAUGACACAAUUACUAAAGGGUCAUUAAAAGUUGGUGCCACUGUGGAGUACAAGAACCCAGACACUGGACAGCUUCUGGAGGCUACGAUCAGUAAAUUAACGGACUGUAGCAUGUAUACAGUAGUUUUUGAUGACGGUGAUGAGAAAACCCUCAGAAGAACUCAGUGUUGUCUAAAAGGAGAAAAACACUUCAUUGAAAGCGAGACUCUUGACAAUCUUCCCUUGUCACACCCAGAACACUUUGGAACACCAGUGAUGAGUAGCAAGAGAAAGGGACGAAGUGGACGACAAACUUUUGGGAAUGAGGAGGAGGACUCAGAGGAAGAAAGCACAGAUGAAAGCCUCCCAAGGAGAGCAACAUACAAGGGGCGUAACCAGGAACUUGUGGGGAAGGUUUUCCUGGCGGAGAUCGGGGAGAAGAAAAAACAAGUGUUACCUGUUCUAGUGGUCUUACCUGAUGCUCAUGCCACUGAACUAAAAACCAAGGAUCACCUCCUUGUCAAGUCAUUCAAAGAUGGCAAAUUUCACACUUACCUAAGGAAAGAAUUAAAAGACUUCAGCAAGGAGGCAAUUGCCAAGAUUGAGGACAAGAAUGCAAAGCAAGCUUUGGAGAGAGCUGUUACUUUCUCAGAAAACCAGGAACUGCCCAGUAAUUGGGAGAGGGAGGAGUUACUUGGGACAGACGAGGAAGAUUUCUCAGACGAGGAAGAGGGAUCUGAUGAUGAACCCAGUGAGGAAAAGGAUCGAUUUGUGGCUCAGCUUUACAAAUUCAUGGAUGACAGAGGAACAUCAAUAAAUAGAAUGCCAACGCUUGGAAACAAGGACCUGAAUCUUUAUCGUCUAUUCAACAUUGUGCAAACUCUGGGUGGAUACAAUAAGGUUACAAAUCUAAAUAAAUGGAAAGCUGUUGCUGGCAGAAUGAAAACGGGAUUACCAUCACAAAACAUGGUGUCUCAUCAGCUAAAAACAGCCUACAAAAAGUAUCUACAUGCAUUUGAGGACUUCUAUCGAAAGUUGGGCAGCACCAUGGGUACAAUCAGUAGGCCUGGUCGGAGUCGUAAUAACUCUGGGAGAGGAAUGGGGGUCUACAAAGGGCAUGUCAAAGAGCAAAAGGAAAUAACUGCAGAGAGGGAAGAUUCAAAGAGUGAUGGUGAAUCAGACAUGGAGGAUUUGGACUUGAGAUCAACCAGAUCUCCAUCAAAACGUGAGAGAAUUACAAGACGAGAUCUAGAUUCUGUUGUGAGAGAAAACAGAGAGAGGAGGGAUGGGAGCAAGGAUUCAAGGCGGAGUGACACAUUUAAACAGGAGGAGGACGGGAAAAAGUCUGUGACAAUCAAAGAGGAGGGGAAAAAGAUGAAGUCCACAAAAAAACAGGAGGAGAAAAAAGAGAGUGAUGAGGAGGAAACAGAGGCAGGGAAGCAGGAGGAAAAGAAAAAGACCAUCAGGAGAAGAUCUGCAAGAAAGGAAGAUAUGAAGAAGGAUGAAGAAGAGGAAGUAGAAGAAAAGAAAAUGGAUCUCAAGUCAAAGUCCAAGGUCACAGCAGGGAAAGAACCAGAGGUCAAACCAGGAUUGAAGAAACAGGAAGAGGCAAAAGAGGCUAAAAUUGAUAAAAAAGAUGAAAAGAAAGUGGAUAGUAAAAAAGAAAAAGCUAAGAUUAAUAAAAAAGAAGUAAAGAAAGAAGUUGAGGAGGAAAAUAAAGAUUUGGACAAAGUGGAGAAAAAAACAAAGAAGGAAGGAGGGAAGAAGACCAAAAAUGAAGAGGAGACAACACCAGGGAAGAAGAAGGUCAAAGAGGAGACUGAAGAGGACAUGGAUACUUCAGAAGACUUCAAACCUGUUACAGCCAGUGAAUAUCCACUGGGCACAAAGCUUCAAGUCAGAUACGGGAAAGGGAAAACAGAAAAAGUCUAUGAUGCAAAGAUUAUUGAAAUGCAGAGAACAAAUAAUGGACUCCAGUAUCUUGUACAUUAUGCAGGUUGGAACAUGAGGUAUGAUGAAUGGAUCCGACCAGACCAGGUUGUGAAUGUUCUGAACAAACCUACGGAUAUUUCUGCUUUAAAGAAGAAAGCCAAAGAAUCUCCUCCUAAAUCUCCCAAAGGUCAAGCCAACAAGAAAGGUAAAUCCCCAGCAGCUGUCCCCUCUCCGUCUUCUUCUGCAGCCGUACAGCGUGAAUCUCGCCCAAUCAAACGAUCUCCAGCUCAUGUCUCCAACACAGCUCCACUUAAACCGAGCAAACAGCCACGACCGACUCGCUCCAGUAGUGUAGAACAGAGGCAGCUUGACAGCUUUCCUGGAAAACCAAGGAGAACACGUAGAUCUUCAGGAUUAACAGAAUCUUCAGACUUGGUUUCUCAAGGAUCAGUGAGUGAUGACAACAAUGAGUUUGAAGGAGAUAUUGAAUCUGAUGGAACAGAAUCUGUUGAGCUUAAGUCCAACAGAGACAAGGAUGAGGUGUCUGAAAAGACAGAAGACUCUAAGAUGGAUAAAUAUGAUGAUGAAAAGUCAUCGUUGGUAGAUUAUGGUAAAAUCAUGGAUAAGAAAACAGAUAUACUAGCUGUAGAACAGGAUUUACUCAACAAGGCUGCAGAAAUCGAAAAAGUUGUCGAACUUGGUGAAAUUAGACACAACAAGUCAGGUGAUUCUAAGUUAGACAUUAAAGGAAAGGAAGAACAGUCUGAAAAAGUGGAGGAUCAAGUUGUAAAGAGUCCUCCCAAACUGGACAGCAUUGGAAAAAGUCAGGAACUGUUUCCAGCAAAGGAUUUGGAAAUGCCUACCAUUCAGGCCAUUGAUGAACAGGUUUCAGUAGGAUCACCUGCAGGAAGUAAAGAAAAGAAAGAAGAUGGGAAAAUUACUUCAAAGGAAGUUGACUCAAAGGAAGUAUCUGAGGACAUGUUACCUGGAAAGGCUGUAAAAAAUGGUGAGGGAAGUCCGGUUACCAGUGGGGAUGACAGGUUUGAAUUUAAGGAUGAAGAAGAGACUGAAAAAUUCCCUGAGUUACCACUGGAGAAGGAAGGCAAGGAGAAAUCAAAGAUGACAGAUUCAAAAGAUAAAACUGAAGUGGAGGUAGAGAAGAAGCAGAGAGGAAGAAAGAAAGACCCAAAUAAAACAAUGGAGAAGAAGGAACCAGUGAAAGAGAAAAAGAGGGGGAGGCCUUCUCUGGCUUCCAUAGCAGAAAAGAAAGCAGCCAAUCAAGUAAUGACAAAAUCCCAGGAGGACAGUGAGCCAAAGAAAACAAAAGAAAAGUCUGCAGAAGAUAUUGGAGAUGUUUCCAUGGUUUCACCAAACAAGCAGGAGGAGGUGGCUUUUGAACCUGUCACAAAAAAUGAUGAAGAAAUUACAAGAGAGGAGAAUGAAUUUGAGAAAAAGAAAGUGAAAAAGAAACUAAAGAGAAAGGUUGAGGGAAGCAGUGACACAGAGACAGAGAAGAAAGAGAAGAAGGAACCUGCCAAAGGAACAACAGGGAAGUCCAACAAAGCAGAAAAGACUGUGAAAUCCAAAGGAAAGAAGAUGAAGGAAGAAGAGGAAGCUGAUUCUGUGUGUGAGUGGGAGGAGACUAGUCAGGGAGACAGUGAUAUUGUGUCUAGUGACUCUAACAAACCACAGUCUGUGAUAUCAUCAGAAUCAAUUACAGUGGGUGCUGAACAUUCUGAAAGUGCUAAUAAAGAUAUUACAAAAGACAUUGGUGCCAACCUUCCAGAAUCUUAUGUAGAAUCAAAAUCAGAGGAGUCUGUGGACUUCAAGUCUUCUGCCAGUCGCUUACCAAACUCAAGUGCUUUGUAUGAAAACACCCCACCCACCACUCCUGAACACGAAAUGGAUGCUCCGUCUUCAUCACAGGAGCUAACAGUGGAACUGGUGAAGACUGACUGUACCAACAGUAAUGAUCAACAGUAUGCAAGUGAGUCCCCAUCAGGUAAUGCCAGUCCAUCCUCGAAUGAUGGCAGCGUGGGAAGUGGCAAUGUGGCAUGUUCUGAGAGCAGCAAUAAUGAGGCACCUGUUCAUACUAGUCUGGGCAAACGCAGGAGGGAAUCGGAAGAUGUCACACCCACUAAGAGGAAGAGAAGGGGGAAGCAAAAAACAGAGAGGAAGCUAAGCAAGCAGACAGGGAGUGACAGUGAUGAAGUGUCAGAAAGACGUUACAGCCCCGAACCAGGAUAUGCUUCCCCAAGCAAAACGACCACCCCUGUCAGGUCACAGAGAGCACCCCGAUAUCAGCUUAAUCUAGAGGAAGGCAAAUACUUAGAGGGAGAAAAACGAAUUUCUUUCCUAAUGGAGAAAAUUCAAGAAAUACGCAAAAUUUAUAUGAAUCUCAAAUCAGAGGUGGCAUGUAUCGACAGACGAAGAAAACGUGCCAGAAGACGGGAAAGGGAGAGAGAAAGUGCUCAGAAUUCCUCCAGUGGUACUCCGGAGGGGGAAACCCCCCGGUGACAAUGAAUGACUUCACAACCAUUGUAUUCAUCAUGCGUAACCCAGUGAAACUUUGGAUUCACCACUGCAUUGCUCUGAUGUGUUCAGGAAAAACAACACACCCAGCUGAAUCUCUCAAAUAACAGGAUUAUAUUUCUCCAAUAGCUAGGCUGUUGAUGUUUCUUUAAUCCAUUGACAUUUGUUUUCUGAUUCCAAGAAAAGUACACUUUGUAAAUGAAAAGACAAUAAUCAAUGUACAUAGUCUAUUUUAUUACAGUUUUGUAAUAACUGCAACUGAUGCUUGUUUUACAUAUGAUAUUUAUGUAAAAAGAAAAUGCAAGAGGUUUUCUAAACAGUGAUUUGAUGGGUAAAAAUAUUUACUAUUACAUGAAAGUCAUAUUUCCUAAAGAUAAUGCUUGGCAUAAUUUAGGAUUUUUUUAUCUUAGUUUGUCCUGUGCCAGUAAUACACAGAAGUGUGUGUGUGUUUUUAGUUUAAAUUUGUCAAUGUUACAGGCAGCAUAGAGUUAUAUUAAAUAUAUUUAUAGGUAUUGAGUCCAUAUGGUCGAUAGAAAACAAAAUGAUUUCAGAUUUUACAGGAGAUUUGAGCAGAGACACUUUGUCUUAGUUAAAACACUGCCGAGUUAUUUAACAUGAAUGGUAGUUUUCAUUGCGCCAUUUAAAGAGGCAUGCUAUCCAUCUGUAGAAUUAGGAUAUUAAUGAGGGCAAUGUAUACAUGCACAAUCGAGCAUGUAGACCUAGUUUCUUGGUUUUUUUUUCCCCUUUUUUUAACAAUUAGACAUCUGAGUUACCAAACAAAAACAAUGUUAAGGCCAGAAAAGGUCAGGUUCCAUAUUUAUUACAGACAUUCAGGUUUACCAACAUAUAUUUAAACAUGUGUUGCAGAUCUUUUUUCUUCACCUAUGGGAAAUGUGCAAUUUUGUAUAAUAUACAAAACAUGUAUGUACCAAAAAAAAAUUAACACCUAAAAAAGGUUUCCAUUUUUCCAAUUUUGCUUAUGAUAGAACAAAUCAUUUUCAUCAAUACAUGUAUAAAUGCCUUUCAAUUCAUUGUAAAGGGAAUAGUUUCAAAACCAAUUUUUCACUUUACAUUGUUUUUAUUAAGUUUCUUGAAAAAUAAAUUAUUUUCAGGUUUACCUGUGAGAUUUCUAGAAUCUGCAUGGCAGGUAAUGCUCAGGAAAAUAAAAAAAACCAAACUCUCUAAGGACAGUCGGCAAUCAUAGUUAAGUGCUUAGGUGGAACAUUUGGAAAUUGCUCCUUUGUAUGAGAUUUUAGAGUUUAUGCUUAAGUACAAUUUUUUAGGAAUCAUUUUAUUUCUGAGGUUAUGAAUUUGAUUUUAAGAUACAUGAAAUGGUCUCGGUAUUUAAUCUAUUUAUAGAAUGUUAUUAUAAUUAUGUAGGAGCAUUCCAAAGAGAAGAUUUUUGAGGUAAAUCUAGCUUGUUACAAUCAAUAGUAGGUUGUACAUGCUGUUAACUACAGCUAAAUGUGAUACAUGUUAUUUAUUUCACUGAUGCCUGGAUAAUGACAGUAAUCAUGACUCAAGUCAAAUACGAUUUGAUUUGAUGAAAUAUUUAUGGACUGUAACAGUAUCUGUCAGAAAGAAAUUUAAAACAAUGUUUUGUUUUUGUUUUUUUUUAAAUUGGGUUAGAUAUAGAAUGCCAACCAACAUUAUUUUACAUGUAGAGUAGGGAGUGAAUAUAUCCUACCAGAAUGUAUUGUGUAUACAUGUAAUAAGUUGGUUCUCUCUUGAUGUAACAUUUCAUGUUCAAGCAACUGGUCCACAAUUUUUGUCAUGUUUUGAAGGCCAUUAAUGAAAUAUUGCUCUGGCCUUUUGAUGAUGUUAGAAUACCAGUACACAGAUUUUUCUGUGUAACAUUAGAAUUUUUGUACAGUUUAUUCUAUCUUAUUUAUUACUCAUCGAUAAACUGUAGAAAUUUAAA